AUGGCCCCAUACCAACAUGACGUCUUGGACCCUCUCGUUGCUGUGGCCGAGAGAGCCCGCGACGCUGUUACCGCACUGGCACCAUGGCUUCAUUCACGAGCCGGUAUCAUUUUGAGACAAUUUCCGCAGUUGCGAGCCUCUGUCGACAUGCUGUACUCAUUGCUACUCGUCGUAGCCUCCCUUACUUCUCCGGCUGAUGGCAUUCAUGUCGUGCCUGGGGUCGAGAGUACGAGCCCCAUUUUCGAUGCCUUUAUGAGCUUUUCCAUCGAGUUUGUCUUCUGGCCCGACUUUGCUGGUAAUAAAUCUCACCCAAAUCGGUUCUCCGAUAAUCUGCUUGAAAACCUGGGCCAGCUCCAGGGCGUACGACCCUAUGUUCGCGUUGGCGGCAACACGCAAGACUAUGCUUUGUACGAUGAGUCUCUCCCUUAUGCCGUCAACGGCACCUAUGACCUGAAGAGGUCGAAGGAUUACCCCACGACCAUUGAUAUUGGCCCAUCCUUCUUCGAAUCCUAUAGCACGUUCAACAACACCAAGUUCACGCAUGGCUUCAACCUCGGCAUCGGCGGAAUCAAACCUGAAGGCCGUGCUGCUUUGCUGGCUACCGUGCCUCUAGCCUGCAAGGCCAUUGGCAAAGCCAACCUGGACCUGUGGGAGUACGGCAAUGAGCCUGACCUAUUCUCCAUCUCUGCUCAGGGUCCAGUGCGGCCUCUGACCUGGAACGCCAAAGAAUACAUCAAGGAGUGGUUGAACGGUACCAGGGAAAUCAGGGACGCUCUGGACAAGUCAUGCCGUGACAUGCUAGAGGAUGAUCUCUAUCGCUACGUCGCCCCAUCAAACGGCGGUGUCUACAACCCUCUCCAGGCCGGUGAACAGUGGUCCGAGGGUCUCAACCGCGAUGGUAACGUCAAGCUCUUCUCGACGCACAACUACAUCAGUGGAGCCGAAAGUCCCGGCGUCACUCUCCAAGACACGUUGAUGAACCAUCAUAAGACAGCGCAGUCCAUCGAUGCCCAUGUGAGGACAUAUCGCGACUUGACGGCCCACCACGAUGACGUCCCGCCUCAUAUCCUAGGGGAGCACAACUCACUCUACCAUCAGGGCAAACCGGGCCUGUCCAACUCUUUCGGAGCAGCCCUCUGGGGCAUCGAUUUCAACCUAUACGCGGCCUCUGUCGGCAUCAAACGUGUGCACAUGCACAUGGGCACCGACUACCGUUACGGCAGCUGGCAGCCCAUCACCACAUCCACGACGGUAGCCGGCACCAAGCCCCCCUACUACGGCAACGUCGCCGUGGCCGCCAUGCUCUCGCCCGGUCACGCUGUGCCGCCACCCCGCAUCUCCAUUGCCCACAUCUCGCUUCCCACCCCACGCGCCGCCGCCUAUGCCGCGUACCACAACUCAACACUAGCCCGCCUCCUCGUCCUCAACCUUGAGGCUCACAACUCAACCGUCAACGGCACCGGCGAGAUUUCCGACCCCAUGGCCCGGGCCCGCCCCUUGUUUCGCUAUGCCUUUGCCGUGCCGGGGUUGGACGGGUCGGCACGGGUGCAGAGACUUUUUGCAAACGGCAGUGACGCCAUCUCCGGUAUCACGUGGGACGGCUGGAGCUAUAAUCAGGAGCUGGCAGAGGGGAGGCCCGUGAGGCUGCGCAAUGUCACGGUCGGAGAGAGGGUCGAGGUACGGGAGGGUGUGGUGGAGGUGGAGGUGCUGGCAAGUCAGGCUGUCCUCGUGAGUUUCGGAGAGGCCGGGGAAGAAUGA